AUGGCCGCCGACGAGCAAUGGAGCGGCAUGGAGAACACGGUUGACGACCCGGAAGAGACAAAAGUCAUAUUCUGCGCCCUCGAUUCGUUCAUUCAAUAUGCCAAGGUGGCUCACUUCAACGUCACUCACUUGAGGAGACAAUCCUUCUACGCCCUGCCCCAGGCCCAUUGGCAGAUGCUCGCCGCGCCCCCUUUCAACUUCCUCGACACCCUGGACAAGACGGACGAGGCCAUCGACACGAACGCCGAGCUCGCCCGCGCCAUCGCCCACAACGGCCUGCGCUCCUUCCAUCUCAUCUCGCCCGAGAAUGGCGAGCCCAAGAUGCCAGACGAGUGGGUCGGCGUCGCCAAGCACAACGACACCGACAAGGCCCGGAGCACCCUCCGCCAAUUCUACCGCGACUGGUCCGCAGAAGGCGCCGAGGAGCGCCGCGUAUGUUACGGGCCCGUACUGGACGCCGUCGACCGCGAACGGAGCAGCAGGGGUGAGAUCUCCGAGAUGCUGAAGGUCCUCGUCCCCGGCGCCGGCCUGGGCCGCCUCGUCUUCGAGCUCUGCCGCGCGGGCCACGACACCGAGGGCAACGAGAUCUCGUACCACCAGCUGCUCGCCUCGUCCUACAUCCUCAACUGCACGGCCGCGGCGCGCCAGCACACCAUCUACCCCUGGGUCCACUCCUUCUCCAACCACCGCACGCGCACAAACCACCUGAGGAGCUGCGGCGUGCCCGACAUCCACCCGGCGACGGAGCUCGCGGCCGCGGGGCCCUCGGCGGGCACCAUGGCCAUGUGCGCCGCCGACUUCCUGUGCCUGUACGCCGACGACGAGCACGCGGAAGCCUACGACGUCGUGGCUACCGUCUUCUUCCUGGACACGGCGCCCAACCUCGUCCGCUACCUCGAGACCAUCUACCACUGCCUGCGCCCGGGGGGCGUGCUCGUCAACUUCGGCCCGCUGCUGUGGCACUUUGAGAACAACGCCCCCGGCAACCACGGCCGCGACACGGACGGCGACGGCGAGCACGACUACAACAACUCGUCGGGCAUCGCGGACCCGGGCAGCUUCGAGCUGAGCGACGACGAGGUCAUGGCGCUGGUGGAGAAGAUCGGGUUCGUCGUGGAGCGCCGCGAGACGGGGAUCGAGGCGCCUUACAUCCACGACCGCGAGAGCAUGCUGUCGACGACGUACCGGGCGAGCUUCUGGGUGGCGCGCAAGCCGAGGUAG